AAGUUUUUUUCUUGAAUUAAUGAACAAUAAAAUGUUCUGUAGGUGUAAAAACUGAAUAAUCGACUUAAUGGUGUGUAUUAUUUAUCAUUUUUGAAAGAAAAUUAGCCAACUCAAAAAAUCAUGUAUAUGUAUUGUUAUCAUUCAGUGAAAAGUCAUUUUUUGUUGUUGUUCUUUUUUUGGCCAUUUUGUUGAUAUGAUUUUAAUGUAUGUUGCCACAUUUUAGUGAUAUGUUGGUCAUCUGUUGCCACAUAUGAUUCAAAUGUUGCAAUAAUCAGUACAGAUGUGUCAACAUAUGAUGCAUCUGUCGCUACAUAAGAUGUAUAUGUUGUGCAACAGCAAGUACAUAUGUGGCAACAUAAUGUUAAUUUAUCGCAAUAGACUAUUCAUCGGUUGCAACAUACUGCUAAUAUUAUUUUAUAAUGAAUUGUAAAAAAUUGAUAUGUUGGUCAUCUGUUUCCACAUAAGAUUCAAAUAUUGCAAUAAUCGGUAUAGAUGUAUCAACAUAUGAUGCAUCUGUUCCUACAUAAGAUGGAUAUGUUGCGCAACAGCUGGUACAUAUGUGGCAACAUAAUAUUAAUUUAUCGUAAAUAGACUAUUCAUCGGUUGCAACAUACUGAUAUUAUUAUUUUAUAAUGAAUUGUAAAAUCUCAAUAUUUUUUUAUUUACCUUGUUGAUGAUAUGAUACAAGAAGUUUCAUCCAUGUCAACAACUCAAUCUUCUAACACGAAAUGCUCUUUUUGUCUAUGCGAAGAAUGUGAACAGUUACAUGAUUAUUUUAUUAAUCAUGUUAAAAAACUCAUUGAUAUUUUUAAGAAAAUGUCUCAUAAUAUUAAUGUGCAAAGAUCCAAGAAGACUUCAUAACCUUUGAAAUGUAGGAGGUUGAAAAAAUCUAUUUCUCAAACACUUUUUAUGAUUAUUGAGAAGAAAGAAAAGGAGAAGAAGGCAAAGGAGGAGAAAGAGAAGAAUGAAAAGGAGGAGAAGGAGAAGAAGGCAAAACAGGAGAAGGAGAAUGAGAAGGGGAAUGAGAAGAAGGCAAAGGAGAUGGAGAUGGAGAAGCAGAAAGUAAAAGCGAAAGCGAAAAAGAAAGGGAAGAAAGUCGAAGUUGUCAGUUGUGAUGUGAAUCCAUUUGAAGGUUUUAACAUUGACGGCGAGGGUCCAACUGAACUAAUGUCAUCCUUCUCGCAAUGGAUAAAAGAGGGUCUUUACAAGCAUCAUGCAAAAAAAGGAAACAAGGAGGAUAACUACUUAGCCAAUUGCUCAAAACUUGAAUUUGAAGAACUUAAUUUAGUAGUUACAUUUCCGAUGAAUAAGGACUGGUUCUACAUAAUGUCUCAACCCAAUAGGUGCUGGAAUGAUGAGGCAAAUCCAUGCUCACUUUUAUAUGUACUGUUUUGUACAUGAAUAUAUACAAUUAAAUUGAUACACUUGUUUGAUGCAUGUGUGCA